GACCCGAGAGUCGACCGCGUCAUGCGCGCGGCCGGCUUCUCGAGCUCCCAGGUCAGGGCCAUCGUCGAGAGCGCUGUCACUUCGUCGAAGAGAUCAAGAUCAAGUACGGCAGGUUGCGACGUCCUCGCGACAUGUCCAGCUCCGGUUUCGGACAUGAUUAGGGCUGGACAAGACAGAAGUGAGUGCCAAGCUAGCAAUGCAAAAACAGGAGCAGGAGGGCGACCGACCAUCUUUGGCGCAUCGACGGCGAGCAUUCCUCCGUGGCUCCGCCGCUACAAAGAUACAACUUGCGUCAGGUCAACAUACUGCGGCGCCAGUCUUCAGGCAGACGCUGCUUGCCGCCGGCCGAAGUUCACGGAGCUCACCGCGACAAAUCUCAAUAUCCUCUGCAACGCGCUCCAGCUGCGCGUUCCGCGUCACGGGAACAUCAUCCCCGGCAUAUCGUGCACGGUGCUCCGGUGCAGAUCCGGCGUGACGAGGACUAUUCCUAGCUCGUUGUCCUCGACGAAAGCGACCUGCCUGCUCUUCCUAGGAGGGGACUAUGGCGGCAAGGUGGCAGUCGCUCAGGAGCUCGCGAGGCUCGUGUUUGGCUCAUACGCCGAGUUCACCACGGUCCAGCUUCAGGGUAGCCCUAACAUUCGCACACACAACGGCAAGCUCGCCCUCAAGAGGCAGAGAUCACCGGACAAUGACGGCGACCUCGAAGAGAGGCUGUUUGAAGCGGUCGUGGAGAACCCUCACCGCGUUAUAUUGAUGGACGGCGUCCACCUCCAGGAUCGCGAUUUGGAGAUGCACAUCAUGGGGGGAGGAAUGGUGAGGGGAUGCAACGGUGAUGUGGUCAGCCUGGAGGAUGCCAUCAUAGUGCUGAGCGCCUCUGACGUCUUGGACUCGAGGAGGUACGUGGCUUCACCUUCCUCUCCACGGGCGAAACGACGGUUUGGUGGACAGAACCGUGAGAAAGGUGAUGACGGCACGGAGAUGAAGCGUCGUCAUGGCUGUGAUUUGAAUGUUUGUCCAGUGGUUGAGGAAGAGGAGGAAGAUAGUUUGGCUGAUGACGAGGGGAUCCAGAAUGUCGUGGAUGGUGUUUUCCUUUUCAAUUAGCAGAGAUUUUUCUUGUUCAUACCAUUAUAGGUAUUUCGAACGAUUUUGAACUGUUAGAUUCCGCAUUCAGAAUUUGUUUUGUGUUUUAUUAGAAUUAUUAAGCAGAACUGUUUUUCGCUCCCGUUGUCAUUUCAGAAAACCAUUUUAUGAGAAGAACUAGAAAGUUUAUUUUGGCUGAA